AUUUUAUUGUUGUUGUUGUUGCAGGGCAGUGAGGAAAAUAUGAGCUAUAGGUGAUAUCACGCGCUGCCUUUCUCCGUACUGCGCAUCUUUUUUUUUCAGUUCGUCGUCGCCCCCCUUCAGUAAUAUCCUCGGAUCCGUGCGAGUGUUGACCUGAGUUUGUGGUUUUUGAGACGACAUGAGGGCAUCUUCGUUGGCGAUUUGAUACAGGACAAGAAAGCACGAAAAGAUGGAGAUGAACACGAUGAACCAGCACCCGGCCGGGCUGAAUGGGACCCAGCCCGGGGCCAGCCGCGGCGCCGUGGACACGGCCGCCGUGGACCAUGGCCAGGGCCAGCACAGCCGGGUUGUGGUGGAACGAGAGGCGGAACCGCCGGCAGAGUACAACGACGAACGUGGCGGCUGGUCCAACAAGUUCGACUUCAUCCUUUCCAUGGUCGGACUCUGCAUCGGGCUCGGCAACGUCUGGCGAUUCCCGUACUUGUGCUACAAAAACGGCGGGGGAGCCUUUUUAGUACCCUACACAAUUGGAGUAAUCGUCUGCGGAAUCCCCAUGUACCUGCUGGAGGUGUGUCUGGGCCAGUAUUUAGGAAUCGGGGGCUUAGGCGUUUGGAAACUGUGCCCAGGCUUUAAAGGUGUCGGACUGGGUGCCGCGAUGAUGGCCGUUUGGUUAGACAUCUACUAUAUCGUCAUGCUUUCGUGGGCCUUGUUCUACUUGGUGCAGUCCUUCAGCGCGACAUUGCCCUGGGGGUCUUGCAAUAAUCCAUGGAACACCGACAUGUGCUUGAGCUCAAAGGAGAGGAAGUCGGUGUGUUUCAAGACCGAGGACACGAACCAAAUGUUUUGCACCGUCAAUAACUUGACAUUGCCCGCGGCCAACUUCUCCGACUCCGUGAAGGAGUAUUGGAAUCGUCGAGUUCUGCAAAUCAGCUCUGGAGUUGAGGAACCGGGACCUAUUGUGUGGGAGCUGGCCAUCUGCUUGGCUGUUAUCUGGGUCUUAGUGUACUUUUGUAUUUGGAAGGGAGUCAAAUGGACCGGAAAGGUUGUGUGGUUCACAUCGCUCUUUCCCUACGUGAUCAUGUUCAUCUUGUUCAUCCGUGGUGUGACCCUGGAAGGUGCUUCGGAAGGAAUCAAGUUCUACCUCACACCGGAUUUCUCAAAAUUGGCUCACUCGCAGGUGUGGAUCGACGCGAUAACGCAGAUUUUCUUCUCAUACGGUUUGGCUCUCGGAACUUUGAUCGCUUUGGGAAGCUACAACAAGUUCCAUAACAAUGUUUACCACUGUGUGCUUCCGACGAUGACGGCGACAAAAGGCGACGAAUGGCGUGCCACUCACUCACUCAUCAUUCUCAACAAUUGUUUGUUGUCUGUUGUUCACAGGCAAGCCAUCUUCGUCUGCUGCGUGAAUUCCGCGACGAGUUUCUUUGCCGGCUUCGUCGUGUUCUCGGUCAUCGGAUUCAUGGCGCACGAGCAGAACCGACCCGUGUCCGAGGUCGCCGAAGGAGGUGCUGGUCUGGUGUUCAUGGUGUACCCGUCGGCUUUGCUGGAGAUGCCGUACGCGCCAUUGUGGGGCGCCUUGUUCUUCCUCAUGUUCAUCAUGAUUGGACUCGACAGCCAGUUCUGUACCCUGGAGGGCUUCAUCACUGCCAUUGUGGACGAGUACCCGACUUAUCUCAGGCCUCGAAAAGAGUUGUUCAUCGCCGCCGUGUCGUUCCUGUCGUUCCUCGUCGGACUCUCAUGCAUUACUCAGGUGGAGGACCGCAUUCCGUUGUCUGUCAAUUUUGGGAUGUUCUCAGGUGCUGGUCUGGUGUUCAUGGUGUACCCGUCGGCUUUGCUGGAGAUGCCGUACGCGCCAUUGUGGGGCGCCUUGUUCUUCCUCAUGUUCAUCAUGAUUGGACUCGACAGCCAGUUCUGUACCCUGGAGGGCUUCAUCACUGCCAUUGUGGACGAGUACCCGACUUAUCUCAGGCCUCGAAAAGAGUUGUUCAUCGCCGCCGUGUCGUUCCUGUCGUUCCUCGUCGGACUCUCAUGCAUUACUCAGGUGGAGGACCGCAUUCCGUUGUCUGUCGGAGGAAUGUACGUGUUGACUUUGAUGGACGACUACGGAGCUUCGGGCAUUUGCCUGUUAUUCAUCGUCGUCACCGAGUGCGUCUCGAUAUCCUGGGCCUACGGAGUCGACAGGUUCUUCGACAACGUCAAGGAAAUGAUUGGCCACUACCCGAUCGUGUUCGUCAAAUACUGUUGGGCCUACUUUUGCCCCGCGAUUUGUCUGAGCGUGCUGGUGUUUCGCUUUGCGACGUGGGUGCCGACGAAGUACCAGAAUUAUGAAUAUCCUUGGUGGGGACACGUCAUUGGGUGGAUUAUGGCUUUGUCGUCCAUCCUAAUGAUUCCGGGUUACUUCAUCUACAAGUGGUUCACUCUGCCGAGUGCGCCGUUCAUGGAGAAAUUCAAGAGCCUGGUGCGUCCCGACGUGGACGUGAGCAAGUUGAAGAACAUGCGUGGCGUCCAUCCGCCAGCAGUGACUCAAUCGGUGCCGAUUCCGCAGCUCCAACACCCGCCGAGGACGAUCGGCCAAGCGACCGCCGUUUGAUGAACUCGCUUUGGUCCACUAAUUUUUUUGUUCUUCUUUUCUUGCUUCUACUCGGCCGCGAUUUUUACACCAGCCUGAACUCGAUCAUCAGCUUCUGAAGCUUGACCAGUCACAAUUAUCCCGCUUUGAAAAAAAAAAAAAACGGGCCCGCAAAACAAAAACCAAAAAAACGUUCGCUUCACGCGCAUAAUGCGUCGUAGUUCGUUUCUCAAGUCCUCCUUUUUGGGCGAGACGAUUUCGCAGUACCCCGUCGUUCUCGAGCCAAAAAAAAAACAAAAACGAGUUUUCUUUUCGGGUCAUUUUUCGUCGGUGUGGGAAAUGUUUUUCUUUUCUUCCUCAUGAUGUUUCGAAGACAUUUAGCAAAGCUUGAAAAGUUUUGCGACGGCGCGAACAGUUCGUUUGAUUUCCGCCUUUUUGGGUGCGCGUGGUUUGCCUGUGAGCAGCAACUUAGUCUUCCAAUCGGCUGCCAAGUAUAAGCAGAGGAGUCUUUUUCUAUAGCCAAGAGAGAAAGAAAAGAACGAAUGCAAGGCACACGAAAAAAGAGAGAGAGAGAGAGAUUGUGUUUGUUGUGCCAAAGCACGGAUUUGUUCGUCAAUCCAUGUCCCACCGGGCAAAACGUGCUAUUUCUUUAUACUUGCACUCGCUGGAACCGGUUUGAAACCGCGCUAAGCGAAGCGUAUCUUUGCACCCUGUUCUUCUUUUUCUUUCGAAUCGAAACUUGAACGAAAAGACCCCAUUUGGGAUUUUUUUUUUUCUAUGAGUUAUGCGUGCAAACGUAGGGAGUUGAAACCGAGUCUUCCAUUUUUUGCCGUGCUUUUUCGACCCAGUUUUCAUCCUUCCGAGGAAAUUGCAACGAAGUGCGGCUUACGACUCAGAGUCUUCCAAGCCAUUGAGAGAAAGAGAGACGUAUGCAAGUUAUUUGUUGCGAAACGCGAACCAGUU